CGGCAGGAGAUUACCGCAGGGAGUUAUGGGUAUUCGAUGACGUCUAUUAAACAAGUUACUCUUCCUCCCCUCUGCUGAUGUUUGUGAGGUGGUGACGUUUUCAGCCGUUAAACAAUACACCAAGAGAGUAGUGUGAAUUUGCUCCAAAGCUCAAGAUGGGAGCUUUGGUUUCUCGUUGGAGGACCAAGCCAACAACCGUGGAGGUAUUGGAGGGACUUGAUAAGAAUAUCCAAAACCUUGAAGAGCACAGAGAAAAGAAUCAGAAACAGCUGAAGCUAUGGGUUUACAGAUUACUUCUAUAUUCAACCAUUUUGUACCUGUUAGCCUGCCUGGUUGUUUAUAUGUGGUACAUCCCUCACCAGCUAAUGGGGAAAGUGAUAUUGGCUUCACCCUUUUUAAUAUUUCCACUACUUGUAUGGCUUCUGAGAAAACUGUUGAUUAUGUUAUAUUCAAGAAGGACAGAAAGAAAUGGUGAAAAAUUAGAAGAAUUGAAAGCUGAAAAAAAGAAAAUACUUGAGCAGGUGAUGGAGACGGAAACCUACAAAAAUGCCAAAUUAAUAUUAGAGCGGUUUGAUCCAGAUUCUAAGAAAAAGAUUGAGCAGGAUGCUACACCCAUUGGACCUCCUGUAACUCCUCGGCAAGGUCAAGAGCUUCGUCAGAGGCAUGUGACUCCUCGCCCUCCUGUUCCUGUGACUCCAAACCUAGCAGUAUCAGCACGUCCUCCUCCUGGCCCUACUGCCCCUACUGCCCUGAUCUCGGCCCCUGGUGGGCCUCCAGAGAGGAACCUGUCUUCUACUUCUCAGCACCAUAACCUGCCGAGGAGAAAUGUUACCCCCACAGGCUCCCCAUUCCCUGGUGUGGGAAUGUAUCCUCCUGGUCCACCCCUAGCACGACCUGUCCUCCCUCGUGACAGAGGAGCUUUGGACAAGAUUAUUGAGUACCUAGUAGGUGAUGGGCCUCAGAAUAGAUAUGCCCUAAUAUGCCAGCAGUGUCUAUCUCAUAACGGCAUGGCUUUAAAGGAGGAAUUUGAAUAUGUUGCAUUCAGAUGUGCUUACUGCUACUUCCUGAAUCCUGCUCGGAAGACCCGCCCUCAGGCUCCACAUCUCCCUGAAUUUAGUGAAGGGAAGACAAGCCUAGGACCACCUACUGUUGCCUUGGAGACAGACCAAGAGGAUAAAUCCGAAUCCUUCGGCUCUGUAGAGGAGAAGACACAGAGUGAGCAUCAGGAAGAAGGCCAAACUGAGAAACCUGGACCUCUAGAACCAGCCACCACUCUCUCAGAUCUCCCUGAAAAAUCAGACAAUGAACAAGAUGUAUCUGCUAUGGAGGUGGAAUAAAGAUCUGCAUAUUUAACCAGUCCCUCUGAAAAGGUGUGCAUUAUGUAACGCAUGUUUAAGGUAUUUGGGAGUACUUGGAACGUUUGCAACUUUGAUUUACUCUAGUUUAGGUAUGCUUUUUCUUAAUUAUUUUUUUUUAACUGUAAUAAUCAAGAUGAGGAUAGAAAUAUAAAUUGCAAUAAGUGCUAAAAACCUCUUCUGUUUGUGUUCACAAUUUUUUUUUUUUUUUAUGUUGAUGUGUCCUGUAAUCUGCAGCAUUUUGACCACAUAUAUAAUGAGAAUAACUCCUCAUUAAUAGUCCUUUAUGUCAGAAGAAAGCGUUCAUGAGUACUGUUUCUUACUGAAUGUAUUUAACUUGUUUUUUCAGCAUGUACAAUAAUGCAAAAUGUCUGCUCUUUUCUGAGGAAUGUCUAAUAUUUAUAGAUGUUUACACUUUUUAUUACAGUGCCUUUUUUUGUGGUUAUUCAGUAGGUUUACAGUUUUCUAAGUACCUGCAGUGAGAUGGGUUUCAUGUUUACACAGACUGAGUUAGUCAUUAAAAAGAUCCACAGCUAUUUAUUUAAUUAUAGAAUCUGAAGAUAGAGCAGUGUUAUAUAUGUAUGUGCCUUUCCAUGUAAGAUUUCUCUAAAGAAUAAAUAGGAAUUAUUUAAUUAUUGCAUAUGGAUUUUUUUUUUUUUUUGCCCUACCUUUUUGCAAAUUAUUUUUUUAAAAUGUUUCCUUAUAGCUACAUUUAACUAAAUCUUUAUUAUCUUUAAAUGACUAUUGUUUACCUUUUCUAUACCUUUUAUAUAACUAUUGUGCACUUUACAUCCCUUAUUACAUUUACACGAGGAAAAGGUUAAGCUUACUAGAUGUGUACUUUGUUGUGGGAGAUUAGGAGUCAGUCACUCAGCCCAGCUAAAUAGUUAACUGAACCUGCAUUUCUAGUGAGGAAAAAGCAUGUGUCCUCUAAAGAAAUUGGUUGUUAGGGCUGUUAGUGGGCUGCUUUAUUGCUUAGUCUUCUUCCUGUCUGUGUUCCUGCUAUCCUGAUGUGGAAGGACAUUGAAAGGAAUCUGUUAAAACACAGUCCAUUUUCAUUAGCUGCUCUAUUUUGGCUUGUGAUCAUUUUAUUUUAUCUCAUUGAUCAUUUCAGACAGUGUUAGAUAAUGGGACUGACACCCAAGCCCAACCCAGCUUGAUUGCUUGACCCUCUUCAUUUGCAACAAGAGAACUAUCUCUACCCAUAUUGCCCCUGCUGACAAACGUGCACUCUUCUGUUUCUCGCUCUCACACACUGGCUCUCAGGUCAUCCUCCCACAUUUGUCUUUGGGUUUUGAUAAUGCAUGUUUACAGAGACAUGACCCCCUGAGUGUGGCAAUGCAUCACUGUCAGCAGGACAGUAGCACCUGAUUCCAGCGCACUCCAUCUCAGCUUGACCCCUGACAGUGGCACAGGCACUGGGGGGGAAAAAACAGCCUGUCGAUAGGACGUUUGAACAUUUACCAGCAAAUAUGAUGUGGAUCAAAUGUUGGUUUCAUAUCAAAAUGAAAAUCCCUCACUACACAUUCCAUCAUUCCACACAAUGACUCUGAUUUCAUUUGACAAUUUUGUAGUGCCUUGUCAGUAAAAUCAUUUUGUAUUUUGAAUUCCUAUUAAAUUGAAAGAAUACACGUCUCUCACUCCAACAUGUUUUUUUUUUUAUAUGCAAUAGAUUCAUUUUUUCACAGAUGAUUUCU